UUGUCCCCUCCCCUCUAGACACAGACAACAACACACACCUUAAUAGGGGCGCGUCUCCGACACAGCCGCCGACCAAUAACCCUCCUGUCUGGGCUGAGACCAAGGGGACGAGCGCUAGUCGAGGCCCAAUCAGCGCUUUUGUGUUGCCUACCGGUGCCGGGGACUGGUCGUGAGGAGGUAGCCUACUGCAGCGCUUCAGGAUCCGAAAGAGAACCCAGAGCUUGUGGAACCUGAGGGUAAAGGCGAGUCAGGAUGGAGCGGAUGUCUGAGGAGGCGUUGCGGUUGAACCUGCUGAAGCGGGGCUUGGAAACGUCCGAGGAGCGAGAGGAGGCCCUGGCCAAGCGCCUCAAGAUGGAGGGCCACGAGGCCAUGGAGCGUCUCAAGAUGCUGGCCCUGCUUAAACGCAAGGACCUGGCCGCGCUGGAAGGGGCGGCGGCAGCCGCCGUCGUGGCUGCUGGGUCCCUGGAUGGCAGCAAAGGAGGGGCCCACCACCUCCAGGGCAUGCUGCCAAGUGCCGCGGGGGCCUACGAGGAGAAGAUGAACGGCAGCUUGGGGCGGCUCGGUGGCCACGGAGGCUCCAGUAAGAACGGCAAGGAGAACAUGGCGGAUGAGCCAGUCGAUUUCAGUGCCAGGAAAGGCGAUGUGGACUGUGAGCGACACACUCCAUCCCCGGACGUGAUCAUUUUGUCGGACAACGAAGCGUCCAGUCCCCGUGGGACUCCCCAGCCUGAGGAGAGACUGCAUCAGGCUAACCUGGAGCUGUUCAAGGGCAAGACUGGUGAGGAGCGGCAGCAGAUGAUCAAGGCUCUGAAGGAAGAGCUGCGUCUGGAGGAGGCCCGGCUGGUACUGCUCAAGAAGCUUCGGCAGAGCCAGAUCCAGAAGGAGAAUGUCGUGCAGAAGGUACCGGUUGUCCAGAAUACCCCAUCUUCGGUGCAGCAGUCCCCGAUUCACAGUUCACAAGGCAUGGGCAAGCUGCCGGUGCGCCCUGGCAUGCACACCCCGGAGCCCCAGAACCUCCGCACUGCACAGGGUCACACUGUCAUCAGAUCAGGGGCGAACGCAUCCCUUCCCCCGAUGAUGUUGUCUCAGAGGGUCAUUGCCCCCAACCCGUCCCAACUCCAGGGCCAGAGGAUGCCAUCAAAGCCUGGCAUUGGCCGCUCCAGCUCCGGCAGCAUGGGGAACAUCAGCUACCAGCAGGCUUCCAGCCAGCAGGUGGCAGCGUCUCAGCGCUCAGGGUCCUCUGCCAUUUACAUGAACUUGGCCCACAUGCAGGCGGCGGCGGCCGGCGGGGUGGCCGGCGUGGGAAUGGGCAGCAGCGGGAUGGGUGCCGUCAGCCCGUCCACCAUGCCCAGCAGCACGGGCGGCUCAGGGGUCAGCUCCCUGGCGGACCAGGCCAGUAGCCAGGCGGCAGCCAAGCUGGCCCUACGCAAACAGCUUGAGAAGACCCUGCUGGAGAUCCCGCCUCCCAAGCCGCCGGCGCCCCUCCUGCACUUCCUGCCGUCGGCGGCCAACAGCGAGUUCAUCUACAUGGUGGGCUUGGAGGAGGUGGUGCAGAGCGUCAUCGAUAGCCAGGGUAAGCUGCGGGGGUCACUGUCGCGCAUGGAGCCCUUCUUCUGCGCCCAAUGCAGGACCGACUUCACCCCACACUGGAAGCAGGAGAAAGGCGGGCGCAUCCUCUGCGAGCAGUGCAUGACGUCCAAUCAGAAGAAAGCCUUGAAGGCUGAGCACACCAAUAGGCUGAAGAAUGCGUUUGUCAAGGCCCUGCAACAGGAGCAGGAGAUUGAGCAGAGGCUCCAGCAGCAGGCUGCCCUCUCCCCCAGCACGGCCCAAACUGUUAACAAUGUCAGCAAGGCUGAGACCCUGAUCCGACAUCAUGCCCUGCGUCAGGCUCCCCAGCCUCAGGCUUCUAUGCAGCGGGGUCUCUCCAGCUCGGCGAGGGGCGUCCUCUCCAACUUCGCCCAGGCCUCGCAGCUCUCGGUGGCCAGCGGCCUGUUGGGGAUGAGCGGGAAGCAGCGCUGCGGAGGCGGGGGCGGCAGCGGCGGUGGCGGCGGAGGCAGCGGUCGGCUCCAGCACGACGGCCGACGCCAGAUCUACAACAUCCCCGGUGGGUUUUUAAGAACCCCCUACGGGUUGAACAUUGCCUACCUGAAUCCAGGAGGGGUCGGGGCCCACAAGAGCUCCAGCUUAGCAGACCGCCAGAGGGAGUACCUGUUGGACAUGAUCCCGCCACGCUCCAUAUCGCAGUCCAUCACCGGACAGAAAUGAACCCCCUUCCUCCAAUCCCCACCCCAAGGGCCAGCUUCUCCAUAUCCCUGCCAACCUUCCCUCACAAAAACCACCUGCCAAACCCUCGACCACCUCCCCAUCCAAUCGCAUGCAGUGCCUGUCCGUGUGCCUACCCAAACUAACCCACGAGAAAUGACACAAUCAGCCAGACAAGAGACAAGCAGACUGUCAGCGCAUCUUCUUGACGUUCCUACUAUAGCAAAAUUCUUUUGAACACUCAAUUUCUACUGCUAUUAUUGUUAUUAGUGCUUUUAUUAUUAUUAUUACUGUUACAGUUUCACUUAUUAUUACUCUUAUUACGCUUUUUUUAUUGUUAUGCCUCGUAGUGUGCCUCACUAUCAGGACAUACCCUUUAUUUGUUUUUUUGGAGGAAGGAUCGGGGUUUAUCUUUGAGCUAUGGUCCUUUGCUACACUCUGUUUGUACGGUUCUUUUGUAUGGUUCUCUUAUGGCUUGGUUUCUUGUGAAAUGUCAAUGCAGCAGAAGAGAUGGGCUAUUUUAGAGGGAGAUCCCGCAGAGGUGAUUUGGAAUGAACCAGGUCCAACUGGACACUGGUCCAAUAACUGACAAGCCUGCUUUGAGUGGACCAGCAAAGACGAAAGAUCAAUCAUAACCAGGAGGCACUAUUCAUAUUUGCAUUUGACACUGUGCUAAUGGCCGAGAACAAGGAGCCAAUGGAGAAAAACAAGUGUACAAACUAAGAAUGGGAAAGUUCACUAGUGCAGGCCAUAGGAUAAACCCUUGGAAAAGGAGUGCUGUGGCCAAUUUGGCGUACUGUCCCAUCUCGCUGCACGGCACUGAUAAAAAAUAAAAUAAUAAUGGGGUAAUGGAAGCUGCCCCCAGUAUCCCCCACUGCCUCUCAAUGCCUUCGCUUUCAGAGUAUGCAGAGACUUCAAACCUUUCUAAACUCAACUGUUCCUUGUGGCGUUGUGAGAGAAAUGGAAAGAGGACUUGAGCUGGAGGCGGCACGUGGCACGUUUUGCGUCACGCAAAAACCAUGGGACCGGGGACCCAUUUUUUGUUUGUUUUUUGUAGGGUUUCUGGAUUGUUGUUUAUUUUCCAUUUUUUUGCGGCGUCUCCUGUAGAAAAGGCUGUGUAUCUAAGAGGUACUUGCCCCAGGAGACGAUAAUAAAAGAAAAAAAAUAGCUAAGAGAUAUUGAGAUAUCUAUAUGGAUUAUGUGUGGAUGGCUAGCUUGAGAGAAAAGAAAUGGAUAUGGAUUUAUCUACAUGGAUCAAUCAUCGUGUUCAGGCAAUGCACACGAGAUGCCUCAUUCAAGGAGCACUUUUCUUACUAUGAAUUGGAGGGGGAAAAAACUGUUUAAAAGAGGAUAAGAAUGUUACAAUUCACAGGUCCCCCAAAGGUGCAGAUGUCAUCUGAUUGUCUGUGAGAGUCAGGAGAGAGACCACUGUUCAGACUGUGUUCACGUGGACUUCACCAAGCGACAUACCAUCGGUUAAACCUUUCACUGUUUCAGUAAUUUGACAGCUCUGCCGAAACUAGUAGUGACAUUAUUUUUGUACCACCCCCUCGCCAUUAACCUUCCAGGCAUCAGUCAAACGAGCACGGCCUCUCACGCCUGUCAACACUGUUACCACUGCAGCGCGCAGCAGCACUUUGUGCUCGUUUGAUUUUCUGUUUUAGUUUUUUCCGUGGUCGCCCAGACCCGCUGAGCCCAAGUCAUUACGGGUCAUAGGGUUUAAGCAGUGUUCACUCAACGUGCAGUAUUACUCAGAGGGGUUAGACCGCUGAAGCUUCAUAUUCACGUGCGCAUGCGCGUAGAAGCUACAUGUGGCAUGGUGGCUAGUGUUAGGAAGAUCAGACAGGAAUGCGCAAGGUUCAGCCCCACAUGUUUCAUUCUUUCAGGCUUCAAGAGGACUGUUGCAUUAUUUAUAUUGUGCUAUCAAUUGAUAUAACCCAGACUUUCCAUUUCACCUCUAACUGUAGCUGGAGUUUUGGUCAACCGUUGAAUGAUGUAAAGAAUUUGCUCCCGUUGGCCAUUGUCUCAACAGUGUUUUAUGUCCAUAUUUACUCAAACCGGUUGUGGAAUCAGGGGUUGUAAAAAGCACAUCACCAUCCAGAUGGUCGUAGAGACUGAAGUAAAACCAAAGGAGCAUGGAAUGGUCCAUGGCAACACUGCAAUAAUAUUGGCACUUAAAAAUGUAUCCCCUGUAAUGUUCACUGGCUUAAAGAAGGAGUUGUAGGAGUUCAGGGUAAGUCCCCUGCUUCCACACUGUCAACGUGUAAGGUUUGGUUGAUAGAUUAUGGCAUUAGAUACAUUGUUAUAGAGGAAACCAUCAGGAGCUUUCAGUUAUUGUUCUGAGACAUGAACCAAUCAAUGGGAAUUCUACUGAUUGGGAUUGUGAUGGUUAACACUCUGCUGUCGAUGGAGGCGUGUGGUUUAACAGGUCUAACGUGAGGCUUACAUUUAGUUCUAAGGAAGACUUGUGUUAAAUUGAUUGCACAGCAUGGCCCAUUUGAUAGACAGAUUUGAUUUGUGAUAAGUGCAUACAGUGGUCUAUGAAAUCUUAAGUCUCCUCGGUUAUUUAUAAUAAACACACCAAGUCAUUAUAAAACUACCUUGGGUUUGAUUGGCAGGUGCAAUAUGUAGAUGUGAAUGGAAGUUUACAUUCUGAAGAGAUUUCUUUUUUUUUUUUUUGCUUAUACAAUUGUCAAUCAAUCCCCAUUUUGUGGUUUGUUAGAGUAGGAUGUAAUUUUUUUGGAUUUAAAUUUUUUUUAAAUGUAUGGGUACAUUUUCUUUCCCGCCCUCUCAUAAGUUUGAUUUCGGCUGUCUAAUUUUUUUAAUGUCCUUUUGCUACAAAGCUGGACUUGUAUAUGGAGCUCCUUUCUCUCUCGUGCUCUCUUGCAGACUGUAAUAGAUGUAUCCACACAUCUUUGUAAUUUCAACCACACUUUUGUUUUUGAAAUGUAUUUUUUUUUAGGGUUUUCAAAUGUCAUUCUUCUAUUUCUGACUUUUCAAUGAACUUGACUGAGAUAAAAAUGACACAAUAUUUGGGAAGUCAGAAGUAAUGACUUGUACAUAAGCUUUUUUUCUCUCCCUUCAAUUAAAAAUAAAGACAUUAAAAUGGUUGUAUAUUGUGUAGAAAAGCAAACAAAAAGCCAUGAAUAUUGUGAAGCUUGUCAUUUCGUUUUGUGAUCACUGUGUAUUAUUGUGUAAACAAUGUGCAAAAUGUAUAGGAUUAUUAUUCUCUUCUUUAAGAAUUUUGUUUCUCUGGAUGUAUGGUUUUCUUUUUUGUAGUGAGUAGUGUUUGCCAGAAAAGUGAUCAUUUUCUGAUGGAGUUUGAUCCAUUCCAAUAGGUUUCAAGCAUCAAGAAUAAUAUAAAGUAUACAUUGUUUGUUGUAUGUUCUAUUAGAAACUAAAAAGCUGUUUGUUUUACUUUAGAUUAACCCAUGCAUACUUCAUUUGAAAAGACGUCCAUGAAUCAAACCAUUGACAGUAUUACACCGGGAGAGUAAACAAAUCCAUAGAUCUCACUCAGAAAUGUAGUGCUUUGUAUUUUUGUUCAAUACAUAUAUUGAAAUGAACUACAGGGCUGCCCAUGUCUGAAAUUAUGGCUAUAACAUUAUUUCCUAUUCUUUCUUCCAUAUUUCUAUGAAUAUGAAAAUGUCAUGUUGCAAUUUUCAUGUUUUCCCUUGGAAAAUAUAAAUUGUAUUAAAAAAAGUACAAUCUUUGAAAUUUGUUUACAUUUUUAAAUCUUUUGAGCUAAAACUCUGGGGAUGAGAGAAAUCUUGCCUUUGUUCUCUGAAACAUCUAGGAAAUGUUCAUGUUCAGUAGUCUGAAUUGACUGCCAUGUCAGUGAGCUCAAGAAUGUGGUUGUUUUAAUCAUAAACAGGCAGACCAAGCUACACAUCAGGGCAGUGUCGUAGUUAUGGGUUUUAUUAAUCGUAAUAUAAUUCGGAUUGGAAAACUGAUCACAUUUUCUGGCUGUACAAAUGUAUUAUGUUCUUUUACUGGUAUCAUUUAAUUUUCUCUUGGCAUAUACAAUAGUUAUUGUUGCAAAUACAGGGGACAUUUUGAAGGGGGGGAGGGGGUAUUCAUUGCAAAUCAUUUUCAAAAUUUGAAGUGAAUAUGCUGAAGCUUUUCUUUUUAUAUAUUUAAUUGACUGCAAUUCCUCAAUUUAAACAUUGCAUAAUGUUGAUAUUGUAAAUUGAAUUUGUGAGAAAAAAUUACGGAAUUAUUAUGAAUCUGUAUCAGUCGAUAAGUUGACAUCUGAGGAAACGGUGAAAAAAAAUAAUUUUAAUCCUAGAAAAGUCAUUUUUUUUUAUUUCAAACAUAAAUCUUGACCUUUUGCACAUACUUGAUAUUUAACUGUCUUUAAAAAAAAAAAAAGAAAAAGAAAAAAAUAUUAAUGCUGUUUGAAUACUGCCAGUUGAUUAAUAACGAUUAUGCAUUGACUGAAAAAAUAAGCUAAUUUUGGAGGAAAUAACUUUGUAAUAUUUAUCUUGCAAGCUAUGUUUAAUAAAGGAUGGAACGGUU